GCGGCGGCGAGAGCGGCCACGCGUUCGGGGAUGGCGGUGACGUCACGGCGGGCGGGUGCGGGAUGGCGGUGACGUCACGGCGAUGGCGGCGCCGGGCCUGGCGCUGCCCUCAGCGGCCCGCUCCAAGUGGGACAUCCGGGAGGAGGUGUGGGAGCACCUGGAGGCCUCGGGCCUGGCCGAGUUCCCGCGGCCCGUGCGCGGCCGCAUCCCCAACUUCAAGGGCUCCUCCCACGCUGCCACCAGGCUCCUGAGCUUGCAGGAGUUCCGAGCUGCCCGUGCAGUAAAAAUAAACCCCGAUGCCCCCCAGAGGAACGCCCGCUUCCUAACGCUGGAAGCAAGGAAGACUUUGCUGGUUCCCACACCACGUCUGAGGAAUGGGCUGUUCAACAGGAUUGUUCCCCCUCCAGGUGCAACCAAGGAGAUGCUGAGGAGAUGUGCCACAUCUCAGGGUGUAAGAGACUUCAGCGUGCCUGUGGGGCUGGAUAGCAAAGCACAAGUGGACUUGGUUGUUGUGGGGUCAGUGGCUGUCUCUGAAAAAGGCUGGAGAAUUGGCAAAGGGGAAGGUUAUGCAGACAUGGAGUAUGCAAUGAUGGUGUCCAUGGGGGCAGUGCAGGAGGACACACCUGUGGUUACCAUCGUGCACGACUGCCAGGUGCUUGACAUAGCAGAGGAGCUGCUGGGUGAUCAUGAUUUAACUGUGGAUUACAUCCUCACUCCUACAAGGACCAUCCAGACCAACUGCAAACGACCAAAACCUCAGGGAAUAAUGUGGCACAAGGUCAGCUCUGAGAUGCUGGGGAAAAUCCCCAUCCUAAAGACUCUUCGGUGCAGGGAGAAGCAGGCUGGCAAGGAUGUCACCCUCCAAGAUGAACACCCAGCCCUGGCAGACACCAAGAGAGCAGCAAUUUCAGACCAGAAGGUGAUGGCUGCACUUCCCCAGCCACGGGCUGCUCCAGGCUCAGCUCCAGUGCUUCUACCCCAUGUGGGAAGGGAUCCUGUAAAUCCCAAAUCAGAGGGAUCUGACACAAUCACCACUGUGUUCCUGGGGAAUUUGCCUGGCAGCCUGAGGGUGAGCCAGCUGAAAAGUGUCCUGAGGGAGCUGCAGGUGGUUCCUGCUGCCCUGAAGUGGCAGGGAGCACAGCACAGAGCUUUCCUGGACUUCAGGGAGCAGGGGGCUGCACACAGAGCUCUGUGCUCCUUGCAAGGGCUGAGCCUUGGGGGCAAUGCUCUGAGAGUGGAGCUGGCCAAGGGCCAGAGGAACCAAGGGCAAGGAGAAAUCAAUAGUCACAAAUGAGUAUGGAGCAGGAAAACUAAACAAAACAAAACAAAACAAGGUGUUUUCAUUGUUUUGUGAAAAGCCAACCUGAAGUUUUAAGGUUUUUUGGAACCCUCAGGUUUAACAAAGCCAAAUUUCUGCACAACCUUUCCUCACUUCUGCAUGGACAUGCAAAGGUUUGUCCCCACAGGUGACAGAGGAGCUAUUUCUCUCUAAAUAACUGCCCACAAAUACCCACACUCUGGUUUUGGUGCUGUUUGGUGGUUUUGUUAAGCCUGACUUAAACCCCUGCCCCUUGAUACCUGGGAGGUUAAAAGGCAGCAGCAGGAAAUCUGUCCUAAGGGUAACAGUUCUGUUUACUGAAAAGUGGGCUUUGCCUGUUGGAAGUUUUCAAUUUAUUUCUCAUAAAAAUGACCAGGGAGAGAGAGAUUGUCCUUCCUGUGCCUUGAAGAGUGGCUGUGGAAACACUGGCUUAGUUCUAGCUCUAGUAAGAGCUGGUAACAUCAGGUGGGAAAGAUGGGAACCCUUUUCUCAGCUUUUUGCUAAAUCAGCCCUUGGGAAACCUUAUAUUUCUUAUUUCAGUGGAAAGCAAAUCCCAGUUUUCUUUGCUUUUCCCCAAAACUGCUUUUCUGAUGGAUCAGAUAAUUAUAAAAAUAUAAUUUUAUAAUUUAGCUGUAUGAUUUUAUAAUUCAGCUGCUUUUCUUGAUUGUCUCUUCUAAUGGGAUGUGAUUCCUUUUCCUCUGUGAAAUAAUGUUAAUGUAAAUAAUAAUAUUAAUAUUAUUGAAAUGAAAAGCAGGCACACCAUGGUCAGAACUUGUUGGUGCUUAGUCUGGCAUGGAAUUCUUUGGGAAUUUGCUGGAGAUUGAUGCUUUGUCACCAUCCCUGAUGCUCUUCCACAUCAUCAGUGAGGAGGGUGAGGCAUCACCACCCAAUUUCUCCAGGUGAAAAUGCUCCCAGGCACUGCCCUGGACAUGAACAUUCCCUUCCAGUGGAAUGGCCAAUAAUGAUUUAUCUGCUAUGGCUCUUACUACCUUUUUUUUCCCCUCUUGGGUUUCCUAUUUCUAAAAAACAAGUUAAAUUCUGGCCCAGCCAUCCUUUCUGAACAGAAGCACUUUUGCCAGUGAUGUUGGGCACGUAGUCAAAGAAAGCAUCUAAAUGGAUUUUUUUUUUUUUUUUUUUAAGUAAGAGUUGGAAAGUUUUGGGUUUUUUAGCCAGGGAGUACUGUUAAGUAUAUUUUAAGCAGAUUAUUAUGCCUUGAGGGUCAGCCAUUUAUUCAGUAUUAAAUAUAAAGUUCUCAUCAUCUUUAUUAUGUGGCUCUGUAGGGAAGGGCUGAAGGAAAGCUUUGGAGCUGCCCCAGCCCUGAGCCCAGCACAGGAAGGACAAGGAGCUGUUGGACAGAGUCCAGAGGAGGCACCAGGAUGAGCAGAGGGAUGGAGCAGCUCUGCUGGGGGGAAAGGGAGAGAGAGCUGGGAUUGCUCAGCCUGGAGGAAGGAAGGUUUGGGGGUGAGCCCAUGACUUUCCAAAUGGAAGUGACCCCUUCUCCCAGUGGAGAGGGACAUUGGACAAGGGAUGGAGGGACAGGACACAGGGAAUGGCUUCCCACUGCCAGGCAGGGUUAGAGGGGAUAUCCCCUGUGAGGGUGGGCAGGCCCUGGCACAGGUGCCCAGAGCAGCUGGGGCUGCCCCUGGAUCCCUGGCAGUGCCCAAGGCCAGGCUGGACAGGGCUUGGGGCACCCUGGGAUGGUGGAAGGUGUCCCCUGUGUCACAGCACAGGGCUUGGAACAAAAUGAUCUUUCAAAUCCCUUCCAACCCAAACCAUUCUGUCACUCUGUGAACUUCUUGUAAGGUCAGCAGAGGAUCUGGAACGAAUCAGUGGUUCCAUUCCAUUCUUUGUGCAGCUCCAAAUGAUUUCCAGUAUCACUGAGCCCCAGUUCAGACAAGCACAACCCUCUGGGUCUCAUUGCAGGGCUUGGCAUUCAGGGCUGAGAGCCAGGGUUGUGUUACUACCCAAACACACUCCCUGCAUCAUCAGCUUCCAAAGCAGAGGAAAGAAAAGCAAAAAAAUAAUUCUCCAUCCCUGCCUGCUCUUUCCAAAUGAUGGCAAAUUGAGUAAUGAGAUCAUUUGCUGUUCCUUUUCACUCUGGGAUAUUUCUUGUUCUGCUGAAGAUAUCCAGGUGACCUUAGCAGUUAAAAACCAGCAACUCUGCCAACGAAAACUUCCAGCAUCUCAAACUUCCCCUGUUGCAUUUCAGGUGGAACCACCCUUUUCUGGUCACAUUUGUGGGAAUCACAUCCUCUGCCUUCUUUCCUUUCUUCCCAUCUUGAGUUUCAGUGCAGCUCUGUUUGUGUGUUCUGUAAAUGUGGUGGCUUUGCUUGCUUUCCUGUCAGCCCAGCCUGCAGCCAGGGCCCAGUUUUGUUUGGACAAACAUCUGGAUGUUUUUCUGUUUGCAGCUGUGGCUCUGGGUGAAGCCCACAGGUGAGCAGUGUCCAAAACCUUGGCUCUUUCCAGCCUGUCACUUUUUUCUGUCCCGUGUUUCAAGGGCACAUUUCACUGUAUUUACCCAAUAUCCUGUUGCUUUCCCAACUGAGAGUGAAACUCCAAACCAUGCUAUGAGGAGAUGCUGACUAGGGCUGUGCAACAGGUUGGAAAUCAGGAGGAAUUUCUUCAUGGAAAGGAUGGUCAGGGAGGUGGUGGAGGUGUCCAGGGAAGGGCUGGACCUGGCACUCAGUGCUCUGGGCUGGUGACAAGGUGGGGAUGGGUCACAGGUUGGAUUUGAUGAUCCUGGAGCUCUUUUUCAACUUUUAUGAUUCUAUGGACUGUAGUUAGGAAGAAAGAUAAUAACUGUAAGCUUAAGUUUAUUGGUAUUUUGGACUGGGAAGAUGCUGCAGUGAUCCCAGUAUUUUUGAUCAGGUUAAUAAUAAAUGUCAAGGUCUUUCAGUCAGUAAAUCCUCCUUUGAAAUCAGGAUGGGGCUCUUGGUGCUGCUCUUCUCCAGCUAAAAGACAUUUCAGUGCCAGCUGCCAAACUGCUGUUGAAUUAAAGGAAAUUAAUUAAACCCAAGAGUGGCCAAGGCACAGCCCUGCAUGGCCUUCUGGUGUCUCCAGCUGGAUGAUGUGGAUGUUCUCUUGUGGGCUGACCCUAAAGGAAGCAGCAGAUUGUGUAGAAAAAGUGAAUGGGGCAGUGUGCCUGUGUCAGAGCUAUUGUUCCAGGCUCUCUGCUUGCUCAGGAAGGCAUCACUUACAGCAAAGUCAGGAGGCAUUUCUGUAAAUCCACAGAAUUGCAGUGCAAGGGAUUUUCUUGAAUCCUUAGGUUCUGAUCUUAUAAGAAAUCUUGAGGAACUGAAGCCUGCUUAUGUUUUACUCUGGCCCAGACCAAGAUACCAACAAUCAAACCAUAAAAUCCAUGCCCUGAAAUAUUCUCUGCCUGAAUGAACAGCCUUUAAAGAGCAGAAUGCUUCACUCAAGUCACAGUUCCCCAUUGUGUACCUUCUGUAGCUGUGACCUGUGCACAAAACCACAAAAUGUGCCUCAUCUCAGGGGCAUCCUGGCCCAGUUUUCCUGCUUAAGACUCCUCAGAAAAUCUUCAACAGUGGCAAAGCAGCACCAGGAUGCUGCAGAAAAGUCUGAAAUGCUGCUGAUGGAUCUCUACUCUGCUUUUAAUAGGGAGUGAAGUGAUCCCUAGCACAGCCUUGGGUGCAGCAGCAGCAGCAGAGCUGUGUGAUGAGAAGAAACGUUCAGCAGUACAAUGGGAAAUGCUUUCCUGAGCCAACUUUGUUCCCAAUAAUUCAGGCUGAGCGCUCUCUAUUCUCUGCACAGCCCGAUGUCCUCGCCUGUCAUGUGGUCAGGCACAUUCUUUCCAGCUCCUUUCAUGGCACAAACAUUUGGGAUGCUGCUGUUGAGCUGUUGUUGUUGCUCUCCUCUCUUUUUGAGGUUCACAGGGGGAAGGUGCUGGUCUGCAGUGAACCCCUGGGGCUGGGUUUGGGAUCAGCAUUGACCACCGAGGUGUUCCAGGAGGGAUGUGACCUUCCCAGGACAUUCUCCCUUUCUCCCUACCCUCAUUUGUGGGAGAAAUGCAGAGGGAAACCAGCAUGGGGUGAAUGGAGCCUCCACCAGCUCCACGAGGGAGAACAGGGUGACUUUGGAGGGGCUUUUUGUUGGAGGCCAUCGGUGCCAGCGUGGUGUGUGGCACAGAGCAGCCAGGCAAGGCUGGAAUCUGCUAACAAUGAGGCUGAGGUGGCUCUGUGCCACCCCAGAACUGCACAGGCGUGAGGGUUUUCCUUCAGCCAGCCAUGUCCAUGCAUUUCCUGGAACAGGGACAAGGCCACACAGCUUCAAGCCACCAAAGACAACAGUAAACAAGCUGGCUUGCUGGGUAGGCUCCGAGUUACAAGAGUCAGACACUGUUUGUUUCCAGGGAAGGAAAAAGGGAAGACAAAAAUCUCUCACCAUCAAGGCUUUUUCCUGGAUCUCACAUCCAGGUCCACAUCCAACCCUCCAGCAUCUCCCUGAUCCCCUCCCAACAAGCAGCCUGGAAGGACAGAGGUUUUAUCCCAUUAUCCCAAUAAAAAAACCUCAGGAAAGGGAUGGUUAAACGCUG